AUGCUCUUGAUUUUAACCCUCUUACGUAUAACUAGCUCUUAAACCCUCGUUUAUUCAGCCUUUAGCGAUACUAUUCUGGAUGACACUGAUAAUUGGAGCUUUCUAAACAUUGAUCCUGCUACCGUAAUAACUAAAUGUGGCUCAUAAGAAAUUAUAGGAGGCCAUCUAAGAUUUGCAAAUACGCAAGCUGCUACAAAAUUAUUACAAUUACCUCCUCAUUAUAGAAUGAAAAUUUCUAUGACUCUUUAUAUAAUCGAUUCAUGGGAUGUCGAUGAAUACUUCUAAGUGUAUGUAGAUCAAGUGUUAGUGUACAAAGUUAGAUAUUCAGGUUUAGCUGGCACAAACUUUUUAUGUGGAUAAGAAACUAGAAAAGAUUCAAUUCAUUAAAUAUCAAUGGAGUUAGAUCAUACAGGAUUGUCAACCUUCAUCUACUUAACUAGUACAUUGAAUGGGGACGCUUGGGAUGAAUCUUGGGGCUUUAAGAAUUUCGAACUAUUUAUUUUCGAGUGUCCUCCAGAAUGCCUUACUUGUACUAAUAAGGACACGGAGGCUGAUUGUAACACUUGGAGGCUAGCUCAUUCCUACUAUACAGAAGUUAAUUUUGACCACUUUGUUACAGAUGGAUGGAGCAUUUAAGAUGGAAACCAAAAUAAAUAAAACUGUUUGGAGAUUCCUACUAUAUGUGGGAAAGAAGUGUGUGGAAAAGAUACUAUCCUGAAAUUGACUUUAUUGAAAUUGCCAGUUCAUACUUAAAUGAAAAUAAAACUAAAGUAUCUCAGGAUUGGCAGUUGGGAAUGGGCAGAUCAUUUCUAAACGUUUGCUGCUGGAGAAUUAAUAUGGGAAUCGCCACUAACUUCAUUUCCUAAUUAUUUAUAUGGAAUUUGUAGUUUAAAUUCUUAAGAUGUAUUUAUUAAUAUAGAUAUGACAUUUCCUCAUUAUGAAUAAAAUACCAAAAUUUUAAUAAUAAAUAACUUGGAUGAAUCAUAUUCUAAUGAGUCCUUUGGAGUAAGAGACAUUUAAACUUUUAUAAAAACAACAAUAUGUGGUGACAAACUUGUUGAAAUGGAUGAAGAAUGCGAUGAUGGCAAUUUAUUUCCAUUUGAUGGUUGCUUUGGCUGUAUGUUUUCAUGUGUAGAUGGAUGUUCAGUCUGUUAAAAUAUGAUCUGCCUUGGUUGUUUUGAUGGUUGGACUUAUUUAGAAUAUGAAUUUAGUUGUGAAAAACAAAUCAAUUAGAAAUCCUCUAUUAUAACUUUUCAAGAAGAAUACACUGAACCUUAAAGCUAUCCUCCAAUUGAUAAUUGUUAAGUUUCUUUACUAGAAGUCUGUAUUGUAUGUUAAAAUGGUUUCAUUUUAAAUUAAUUAACAAGCAAAUGUGAUUCAAUUUGUAACUAUCAAAUUGUCACUUCAUAGGAAUAGUGUUAGUAUUCCUAUCUAUCAUCAUAUUGCUAUAGUUGUUAAAUUUAAUGCAGUGAUCAUUGUUUAUAAUGUAUUUCAGGCAUCUGCUAAGUAUGUGAGAAUGACUAUUAUUUGGAAGAUAAUUAUUGUUUUUAGGUUGAGAAAAAAAAUUUAUGUUAAGCUUAAUGUUAGAUUUGUAUUGAUGAUGUUUGUUAUAAAUGUUAAAUUGGAUAGAUUUUAAUUUUAGGUAAGUGUUUAGAUAUUUGUGGAGAUUAAAUAGCACCUUACAGUCUUGAAGAAUGUGUUUGUGAUCAAAAUUGUUAGGAAUGUGUAAACACAAUUUGUUAUUCAUGUAAGAACAAUUUAAAAUUACUUGAUAAUGAAUGCAUUGGUACUUGCGGAGAUCUUGUAGUUUAAGACUCUGAAGAUUGCGAUGACGGUAAUGAUAUCGAAUUUGAUGGCUGUUUCAAUUGCCGUUAUUCUUGCUCAAUAGGAUGUAUUAACUGCGAAUUUGGAAUCUGUCUAGAUUUAUGUUUGCCAGGAUUUUAUUUUAUGAAUAAUGCCUGUUCUACAAUUUGUGGGGAUUCCAUCAUUGCAGGCAGCGAAUAAUGUGAAGAUAAUAACACCUCAGAAUAUGAUGGAUGUUAUCUAUGUAAAUUUUCAUGUCCUCUCAAUUGCUUUGAAUGCAUUGAUGGCACUUGCAACAUUUGUAAUUUUGGAUUUCAACUAAUUGAAAAUUAAUGCUCAAAUGUAUGUGGAGAUGGGACCUUAUAAAAUGGUGAAGAAUGUGAUGACGGAAAUCUAGAUAGUGGAGAUGGGUGCUCUAAAACAUGUUAAGUGGAAAUUAAUUGGAUCUGCAAUUAAGGCACUGAUUGCACAUUUGUUAAGUAUCCACAGCUUAUUUGUGAAUUUAUCCAGCAGAAAAAUUAAUAUUAAUAUGCUAGGAUCAAAUUCUCUUAGGAAGUUUAAUUACUUUCUGAUAUCAAUUUUUAAAAUUCCAUAGAACUUUCAAUCAUUGAUUUGAAUGAAACUUAUUACAAUAUUACUAUUAUGGAGGUUCAAUCUGCUUAGUAUUAAGUUAUAUUGCAGGUAGAAUACAUUAUAUAAGUUGAGAUCUUUACUAAUCAACUCAAGUAUCCAAUAUUAACAGUCAAACUAACAGAAUAACUAUAUAAUGAUAAUCUCGCCCCUUUAGUAAAUAUGAUGGAUUAUUUGCAAUUAAAUUAACCUAAUUAUUUAACAGAUGAAUAAGUUUAAAUAGCUCAGGCAAUAUAAUUGGUUAGUAAAGUAUCUUUUCUAUCUAUAUAUGCUUUAUCAAUUAUUUUAAUCAUACUAGGAAAUACACUUUCACUAUGGGGAAUGUUGGAUGCCCUUUAGCAGCAAUCAUAUCUUAAAUUUAUCAAUGUUUUAUACCCUUAAACUUUGAUUAUUUACUUUCAAUCAUCCGAAUUGAUAUCAAUGUAAUCAUUGCUAGAUAGCAUCGUAAAUUUUAGCCAGAAGGCUUCAUUACUUAAAUUUCCAUAUCUAGAAUCAUAUGAAAAAUUUUAAUUUUAUUAAGUCAAUGCAGAUAUAACUGAAGGAUUUAGAAGUGAAAUUUUUUUAUUCCUCACCUUAUUAUUUUGUUAUAUGAGUAGUUUAUUAUUGGAAAGAGUUAUUUCAAUCGUGGAGAUGAGUUCACCUUUAUAAGGUUUCCCAAAAGUUGUUCGUUUUUUACAAAGAUACUAAAGAAAACUCAAUAAAUAGAUUAAAAAAAUUGACAGAAGUUUUAUCCAUAGUACUUUGCUUGCUUGUAGUUGGGAUCUGAUCUUUAUGGCAAUGCUUGAAAUAUCCUCCUACCAUGAUUUUUCUUUUUAUAGAACUUAUGUUCGCCUGGCUAUUACUUUUAUAAUACUAAUUUUCGUUUUUGCACUAAUCUUAUAUUAAAUGAACGGAGUACUUACUUGGAAAAGGUAAAAUUUAGACCAAUAUUGGUUUCAAAAAUAAGCCUUUUUUCUUUUAAUUAAAAAGAUUUUAAUUGUAUCAGUCCUUGUAUUUUACUAGCGUGAGCAGAUACUUUAAACUUUGCUAAUGACCUUAAUCAAUGGAUUCUACUUAAUUUACGUUAUUAACACAAAGACUACUGAAGAAUUUGAAAUUUAAAUGAAAAAUAUAAUCAUGGAAGCAUCCCUAACAUUAUUUACAGCAUCCACAAUCGUAAAUUGGGAUAUUUUGUAACAAUACUUUGAUUAUAAUUUUAUAAUCAUAGUGAGCUGGAUUUAAAUGUUUCUUUUAGUAAGUGUUCUAAUUUCAUAUAUGUUGUUUGAUCUUUAUGAUUUUAUCAAUUUAAUCAAAAGUAAAAUUAGAAAAAUACUCGAAAAAAGAAUAAGCAAACUUAAAUCUAAUGAAGAACAGCAAUCGUAAAAUAAAGGAAAUGAACUAUAAAAGGCAAAUUUCUAACUUUAAAAAAGUGUAUUUACAAGAGUGGAAUUUGUUUAUCAUAUCCAAAUAAAAUAAUGA